CAGAUUUCCAUAUCAAAAGUUCAGGGUGCAAUAUUGGUCACUGUAUUUUUACAGUGUGGUAUUACUACUUUUACUUUAUUCCCUUUUUAUAAUAGGAAACAGAUUUCUUGCAAUAUUUGUGGUUUGUUUUUCGUCCUGCAGUACAAUCAGAAAAAGUCCAGAUUUCCAUAUCAAAAAAGUUCAGGGUGCAAUAUUGUUCCACUGAAGCCACAUGAUUAUACAUCUGGCUGCGAAAUAAAUAAUGAACAUCAUGACGAGAAAGAAGCUGAAACACUUUCUCCUCCUUCUCCUCCUCCUCAUCCUCCUCCUCCUUUUCCUCCUCGUGCCAGUAUUAGUGUGUACUGGAGUCUCAGAGAGGAAGAAGACCUCGUGGAUCCGGACCUGGUUUCAGGCAGAAAAGAGAAAGAGAGAAGCCCCUCCCCACAUAUCAUCGCACACCAGGCGAUGGUCCUUUUAACUUCAUUGUUGGAGAGAAGAAGUGACGCCCCUCUUCUUCACGGCAGAAAGGAUCAAACAGCCUCCUCAGACCAGCAAGACCCCCCCACACCCACAGUCCUGUUCUCAUGGAGAUCCGAGCCACACUUCUUCUUCUUCUUCUGCUCUCUGCAGCAACACAUGCGAAGUUGAAGCGCAUUCCCAGCCGGGACCACAACACAUGCUGCUGCUGAUGAUGAUGAUGAUGAUGGUGGUGAUGAUGAUGAUGUCUUAGGAGGAGCUGAUUCAUUCAUCCGUUUCUUUCUGUUUCUGUGUGUGUUUCACUUUGUUCCCUCCACAACAUGCUGGAUUUGUCGCAGCGCGUCGUUUUCUUGUGCGCGCUGCUGCUCGGCUCCGUUGACGCGUCGCGGUGUCCGCCGCGCUGCGAGUGCUCCGAGGCGGCUCACACCGUGAAGUGCGUCUCCAGAGAGCUGAGAGGUAUACCUACCGGGAUCCCGGGGUACACCAGGAAUCUGUUCAUCACCGGGAACCAGAUCGAUCGGAUCGGUCCGGACUGUUUUAGAGGGCUGGAUAACGUGACCAACUUGUCUCUGAGCAAUAACAGAAUCUCCGAGGUGGAGUCCCAGACCUUCGCCGGACUCCGCAGCCUCCGCUCCCUGGAUCUGAGCAACAACCAGCUGGCGGUCAUCCACCCGGAAGCCUUCACCGUGCAGAACCAGUCCCUGCGGGAGCUGAACCUGAGCCGAGCCCUCUACAACCACUCGUCGGUGAUGGACUUGGCCGUCUCCCUCCGCUGGAGCUCCCUGGGUUCCCUGAAGGGCCUUGACCUGUCCCACAACGGCCUCAUCUAUCUACCCUCGCGCAUCUUCUCCCACCUGACCGACCUGCGGCGCCUCCAGCUGUCCAACAAUUCCCUGGUGGCGAUCCACAACACCACCUUCUCCGGCUUGGAGCGCCUGGAGGAGCUCGACCUGACCGUCAACGCCCUCAAGACGGUGCCCGAGGAGGGCCUGCGAGAGCUGGACUCCCUAGCCGGAGCUGACCUCCUGCUGGGGGACAACCCGUUCACGUGCUCGUGCGGAAUCGAACCUUUCGCCCUGUGGCUCAACAGAUCACAGGGACGCAUAGGUGACGCCGAAGACCUCGUGUGCGCCUUCCCGGCCGGCAUGAGGAACACAUCCAUGCUCACCGUGGGCACGUUGACUCUGGGAUGCCGCCAGAGGGGCGCGGGGGCCGACCUCGCUUUGCAGACCUCGUACGUCUUCUUGGGUAUAGUCCUGGGCUUCGUGGGCCUCAUCUUCCUUUUCGUGCUUUAUCUCAACCGCAAGGGCAUCAAGAAGCGCAUCAACGACUUGCGGGACGCCUGCAGGGAGGUGUGGGAGGGCUACCACUACCGCUUCGAGAUGGACUCUGACCCCAGGUUAUCACAGGUCUCCACGAGCGCCGACGUGUGAGAGGACUAUCACCUCGAGGUGUUUUUUUUCUUAUGACUCUUUUUUUUUAUGCAUUUAUCAGUAGCAAUAUGUAAAAAGUGUACAGAUUUGUCUGUAAAUAUAUACGUACAAUAGUGUUUUAAAGCAUGCACUGCCCAUGUUUCCUCAUUAAUGUGCUCUUUUAAUAUCUCAGAUUUGUUUGGACGUGAAUGUUGCCUGCUCCGUAUGUCCACACUAAAAGCAACAGCAAGUGCCUAAAGUCAGCUGUUUCCUCAUCUGAACUGAACUCUCUCCACAAGGCACAUUUUCAUUCAUUCACUCUGUCAGAUCUUUAGCUUGUAGAAAAGCAACAAAAACAAACCUCUGGGAAUUUAAAAGCACAAUCAUUCAUUCAUCUUUGCAGCCCUGCAGCGUCCUGCAGCCGCAGGGUGCCACAGAGGAAUUAAGCCUCCAAAGCUUUUCUAAAAAUCUGCUCCUCUUUUGGAUUUGAAGGAAGGGGGACAAUUCAGUGCAGACCAGCGGAAAUCUCCAAGCCCCCUCAUUUUUUCUCUCUCUCUCUCUCUCUCUCUCUCUCUCUCUCUUUUUUUUUCAUGAACCGUUUGCUUUGUUUCAAGUGCUUGAGUUUUAUUGUCAAAAUGAUGAGAACCAGUCCUGGUUCUGAGGCCGCUGAAAGCAAUCUCCCCUCCCUCCUUAAAGACAACAGCCGCUCUGGAGGCUCUUUGAAAGGAAAGUCUGGCUCUCCACGUUUUUCUGUUUAGGGGAUUUUUUUUUCUUUUCUUCCAGUGAUAAGAUACAGAUGAUUCUGAAACACCAGCGACAUUGUUUCAUUCAGCAGUUAAAGAGAGAGCCUCGUGAAAAGAAAGAAUAUAACCUUUUUUCAUCUAUAGUUGGGGUUAUGCUAAGAGAAAUAGUGGAGCAAUUCCUACGAAUGACCCAGAGGUCAAUUAAUGUCUUUCUCAGGCAAAUCCCAAGCCUUACAUUUUACACGCAUGUUUAAAUUAUAACCUGCAUGAAUCCCAAACUUCCCCAAAUGUCACAUGUUUGUUCUAAAUGGCCACAUGACAAAAGCAAUCCCCUGUGGCCUUAUGAUGCUACAAAGUGAGACAGACUAGAGAGAGGCGGUGGCAAGCUGCCAUUCCUCAAAGUGUUUAUUGCCCAAAUUUGCUAUCUAGGUAUUUGGAGCGAGGGGGUGGGAGGGGCGGGAGGGAGCCUGGAGUUAACUGAAUAAAGCCUCCCCAUCGUUUGAAGCCAAAGUAGCAUCUUCAUCAAGAUGUUCUCCUCUGAUAGCGAUCCAGAAAUGUUUAUGACACGGAGACAUUGUCCUGCAUGUGGAAUGACUAAAUAAAGCUUUAUGUCUGUAUACUCAUUUAGCAGAAAUGAAUAAUAUUUGGACUAUCAUUUCUCUCUGAGCUGCCGAACCACAUUAAGCCGGGGCAUUUACUCGCAGAGGAGAAAACAAUUGAGGCUGACACAAAAGGGUGGCUCGGACGGCGAGACGCCUCAAAUAUAAGCUUUGUUUUCCGGCGUUAAAAAAAAAAAGGACGCCUUGUGAUACCCAUUCUCUUUCUGUCUUCACUGACGGCCAUUAUGCCGCCCGCAUAAUGGGAUUCACUCACGAUGACAAAGUCGAGCGCUCUGAUCCGGCCAUUGUUAAAGUGUCAUCAUUCUUAAUAAUUGCCUGUGGGAGAAACUCCCAGGAGAAGUUUUCCUUUUCCUAUUACACAAUGUGUCACAAGCGGGGCAUUAGGCCGGCCACGGGUUAUUGGUGUCAGCCGGCGGAGCAGAGAGAAGAAAGAUUAUUCCCUGCAUGUCAUUACUUCCGCUUUCGCUCAUUAAAGUGUGGAUUAGGACCCGUGCCUUUUUCUGUCUUUUUAUGAGUCUGGCUGAAAAAUAUAUGGUCUGUUUUGCUAUACUGUGCUCAGCAGGAAUGCAAUGAAAAGAGAGGAACCCCUGCAAAUACAUUCACCAUUACCCCCAGUGCAAAAGAGCUUGUUAAAAAACAGGAAAGAAAUUGCUCCAAUUACAGUGUUCUUUCAGGCUGUUUUGUUGCACACAUCUGAUUAAAAGAUCCCGUCUUUAUUUCA